UAAUAAAAAAUCCCUAAGUUUUUGAGGGAAAGUUAAUGCUAAUUGAACAGUGAGAGGCUCAAGCCAACUGGUAUUAGGCUGACAAGACGGAAGAAGAAUUCACUUGCUCCAUUCUCUCUAGUCCAGCCGUGAGGUCUUGCUUUCCUUGUCUCGCCUUCUUUCAUACUCGAGUUAGCAGAGAGCGUUUCGGUGCCCCCCUGAGCCAGUAUGUCUGUUCUUCGAGUUUUCAUCUUCAGUCUUAGCACCAUUUGUUUUUGUUUAUGUACUAGUCAAGCUUUACAGAAUUAUACGCCAGUAGGAUGUUUCAAGGAUCAACCGUACCCAAACCGAGCACUACCCUUUCUACUGGCGAACUUCCGAAUCCACCAUCCGAUCGUCAACUGGUUCAACUUGAAAAUGACCGUACAUGAAUGUGCAAAGGAAGCGGCAAAGAAAGGAAUGGUGUAUUUUGGAGUCCAGUUUUAUGGCGAGUGCUGGAGUGGGGCCGACGCUCACAAGACUUAUGAUAAACACGGCCAAAGUUCUCAAUGCAAAUCCGGUGUCGGCAAGCACUAUACCAACUAUAUCUACAGAUUCACUGGCGAAGAGAACGAGUGUUUGGCACCAAUAGCAUUAAACAAUGGUGAUCGCUCCAUGAGUGCGGGGUCAGGAUACCUUUGUGAUAAAAAUAUGGUAGAGGCCUGGUACCGAUUCUUGCCGCCCGCGGGAUCUGCCAUGCCGACUUCUUGUGUACCGACAUCGCACUGCGGGACUGUCAUACCAGGCUGGAUCAAGCCCGAGACCCACCCGUCCAACCCCCGCCAAGGAAUUGUGGAUGGCACGGUGUGUUUUCACUGGCGGUCAAACUGUUGUCUGUGGUCUUACAAGAUUAAAGUGCGAAACUGCGGAAGGUUCAUUGUCUACAAGCUUAAACCUACAACGAUUGGCUGUCCACUUCGUUACUGUGGCAACAUGUAAGAAGAAAGACAAGUGUUCAAGACUGAUGUCACCGUGGAUUCAUAUGGCAUUCACUCAUAGGAAAAGUUACAAUUGUAACAAUUGCAAUUGUAAAGACUAACCAGAGUAAUAAAAAACAAACAAGUCAUAA